AUGGCUGGCGAAAUUAUUCUAUUACUAACCAUAAAACUAUGCGUGCUAUCUACCUUAAGUGAGAAUACAGCAUAUUUUUCAAUACAGUAUGGUCACCCCGCCGAAGAGUACCAUGUCAUCACUGAGGAUGGAUACAUCUUGGGAAUCUUCCACCUGCCCGGAUAUCGGGGUCUGCCUCUGUUGCUGAUGCAUGGUAUAAUGGACUCUAGUGAUUCCUGGAUCAUCAGAGGUAACAACUCGUUAGGCAUCUCUCUCGCAAAUUUAGGAUACGACGUGUGGCUAGGAAACUGUCGGGGUAACCUCUACUCCCGGCGACACGUGUACUUAGAUGCUGAUAACGACGCAUCCGCUUACUGGAACUUUAGCUUCCACGAGCACGGACUUUAUGAUCUUCCAGCAAUCAUAGAUUUCGUGCUAUCAAGAACUGGCACAAACAAGCUCAAUGCGAUAGGAUUUUCACAAGGUAACACUAUAUUUUACGUGAUGGCGUCCCUUAGACCACAGUACAACGAUAGAGUCAAUUUGUUAAUCUCCUUAGCGCCAAUUGCUUUCUUAAGAAAUCUAGGACCGCCUCUGUCACUUUUAAUCGACGUUUCAUCAGAUUUAAUAACCAUUGGCAGGAGUUUGCAGCAGUAUGAAGUUUUCGGAAAUUCUCUAACGGGUUUUAUACACAGAGGGAUAUGUUCGUUGCCCUUCUUGGGAUACUUUUUAUGUUCGUUUGGAUUUGUGUUUCCUAUAGCCGGCUACGAUUUGUUAGAAUAUGAUUACGAUUUCCACUAUAAAGUGACUCGCAUGAAAUUCCCUAUGAGUAUUUCUUUGAAAAAUCUCAACCACUUUGCUCAAAUACGUAAACGUGGAAGGUUUUCACAGUUCGAUUACGGAGAUGGGAAUAUUGAAGUGUAUGGAUCUGUAGAGCCUCCAGAUUAUGAUCUAAGGAAAGUUACCAUGUCUGUAGCAUUGCUCUGUGGACAAAAUGACAAACUGGCCAGACAAAAAGAUGUUGAGGUUUUGAAAGAGGCUUUGAGGAACACGGUCCAAUUCACUCUACUCGAAUACAAAGAGAUGAACCACGUCGACUUCACGUGGGGAAAAAAUAUGGACAAAUAUUUGUUUCCUUACAUUCUGCAAAUACUUAACAAAAGUGUAUAG